AUGUGGAAGCUGUUCUUCCAAAACAAUGCUGCAAUUCUGGACCAGGCUCUUCUGGAUUACUCCAGCAUGGUAUGUUGAAUCCCAGAAUUACAACAAAAUGUUGGCAAUAUGUGUGGAUUUUGUCAAUACACAUCUGUUUAUACCUUUCCAGAACCCCAACACCAGCAGUCCAGCUAUGCCAAAUGUCCUUGAUGCCAUUGGAGAUGUCAAACUCAACAACUUCAUGAAUGCACAGCUGAACAACGCCAGCUUCGUUGACAAGUUGUUCCAGAAGAUGCUCCGUCCAUUCUUGGCAUCUCCAUCUAGGAAUUUCCUCUCCUGUCUCAGCUCAAAGAACUUCAGUUGUCAGACCUACCAAAUUGUCAUUGAGACUCUAAGCAACCAAUCAGCCUCCAUGGACAGAGAGCAACAACGAGUGAUCUUCACUCAUUACAUCUAUCCAUUCCUUUCAAGAAAUGACUCAUCAGAUCCCGGCUGUGUCUCAAACACCAGUGGAAGCAUGGACUGGCUCCAGAGGAACUUUGGCAUCUUUUCUGUUUUUGCAGAACUGCAGGAGUUACAAGUCCUUAAUCCCGACUUCUCCAGCAAGGAAUCACUGUCGCUGCUUACCCCAACCCAAGUGGCACAAUUGACAUUGACCUCUGGGGCAUUGAAUGACACAGAUGACAUUAAACUUGUGUUUACGCGGCUGGAGGAAGGUGACGCUUUCAAAAAUGUUGACGAGUUUCUGACGCAACUGACCGCAAAGGAAGAGAUUCCUGACAUCCAUCCAGCCGUGAGAGAUGUGAUGAUGAAUCAGACGUUCAACAUCAUCAGCCUUCAAUUCCCAGAGUUCGAAACGCUGGACUGGAUUGCAUGGUUCGAAGUAAAGCUGAUUCCCAUCCUCCCCAGUUUGAAUGAAGUCAUGCUCACCAUUGCUACCUCAAACGUCAACUGCACCAACUACCAAGUCAUUGUAAAUGGAAUGGACAGAGCUUUCCCUGAAAUGACUCAGGAUAGAAGAGAAGGAAUCGCAAGAGUCCUGCUGAAAUACCUGAGGAAAUCUGUGCACCUCAUCAAUGGACCAGCUUGCAGGCAGGACAUCCACGAUGACAAUGACUGGCUUGCAAUCAACCUGGGUUCAUACUCCGAGUACACAACCUAUUCGGAUCUCAAAGACUUCAACAUCUCAGGGGUGGCAGUUCUAGACUCCCUCUCACCAAACCAGAAAGCUGAAUUGAUACUGGACCCAAGCACUGGCGCUCUGGAGAAUGAGACUCUUGUGAAGAACGUUUUCAUCAGCUUGCUGGAAUCUCCAAGGGAAGAGCAGCUCAAUGAGUUCUUUGUGACUUUUGUUGAAGUCACCAAGAAGGUCAGUACAUCACUCUCUGGCUGGAAUGGACCUUGUACAGUGAGACCUGGCUCUCGACAAAGUCAUCUGACAAAACAAUCAGGAUGAAUGGAUGUCCUCCUAAACCAUGAACCAUUUAUUUUCCAGGAAAACAUCACUAUCAUCACAAACACAGCCGUAAGAGACACAAUGCUAGACCUGACCUUGAUGGCUCUUGCUCCCAAAUUUGACGUUUUUGAGCCAAAAGACUUCCAGCUGUGGUUCCAAGUCAAUCUGGUUGUUCUGCUGGCCAGCUUCCAUCCUGGCAGAUUGGUUGAUAUCCCCCUAAACAUCACCUGUGAAUCCUACAAUGCCAUAUUUACGGGUCUCGACCAAAGUUUGGAAUCUCUUCCGCCUCACCUCUCACAGGGUGUAAAGGCAAGCUUGGAUGCACUGAUGAAGACAUUCCAACGUUGCUCAAGGCCUCCAGCUUUAAUUGUGUGCAAAGAAACAUUGGUCAAUGAGAAACAACUUUGUGCUGGAUUUAACAGCACACAACUGAAGCAACAAAUGUCGAUUGGGAAUUCCAAUGAAUCCCUUUGCAAUUUCAACAUCUCUGAAUAUGCCUGUUCCUCAACAACCCUUCUGUCAGCGGACAACUUGGUGACGAUCCUGAAAUGCCAAUUGUCCAGCAAAAAGACUUACUCAACAGAAAUGUGGAAGCUGUUCUUCCAAAACAAUGCUGCUAUUCUGGACCAGGCUCUUCUGGAUUACUCCAGCAUGAACCCCAACACCAGCAGUCCAGCUAUGCCAAAUGUCCUUGAUGCCAUUGGAGAUGUCAAACUCAACAACUUCAUGAAUGCACAGCUGAACAACGCCAGUUUCGUUGACAAGUUGUUCCAGAAGAUGCUCCGUCCAUUCUUGGCAUCUCCAUCUAGGAAUUUCCUCUCCUGUCUCAGCUCAAAGAACUUCAGUUGUCAGACCUACCA